UGCGCAAUGGAAUAAAGUCCUCAAAAUUGAAAUGUGACAUUGCUCUCAACAUCUCCCAUCUCUCUGGAUUUCUUUUUGCCUCAUUAUUCCUGCUAACCAAUUCAUUUCCAGACUUUGUACUUCAGAAGCAAUGGGAAAAAUCAGCAGUCUUCCAACCCAAUUAUUUAAGUGCUGCUUUUGUGAUUUCUUGAAGGUAAAGAUGCGCAUCAUGUCGUCAUCGCAUCUCUUCUACCUGGCCCUCUGCCUGCUCACCUUCACCAGCUCCGCCACCGCUGGACCGGAGACGCUGUGUGGGGCAGAGCUGGUGGACGCUCUUCAGUUCGUGUGUGGAGACAGGGGCUUUUAUUUCAACAAGCCCACAGGGUACGGCUCCAGCAGUCGGCGGGUGCCUCAGACAGGCAUCGUGGACGAGUGCUGCUUCCGGAGCUGUGAUCUGAGGAGGCUGGAGAUGUACUGCGCACCCCUCAAGCCCACCAAGUCGGCCCGCUCUGUCCGUGCCCAGCGCCACACUGACAUGCCCAAGACUCAGAAGGAAGUACAUUUGAAGAACGCAAGUAGAGGGAGUGCAGGAGGCAAGAACUACAGAAUGUAGGAAGACCCUCCUGAGGAGUGAAGAAUGACAUGGCAUCGCAGAAUCCUUUACUCUGCACCAGUUACCUGUUAAACAUUGGAAUACCUACCAAAAAAAAUAAGUUUGACAGCAUUUCAAGGAUGGGCAUUCCUCCCCA